AUGAAGACAUCUAUCACACUUCUUCUUUCCUCCAUCGCGGCGGUAUGCGCGACUCCGACUUUGUAUCUGGCUGGUGAUUCUACCAUGGCGCUUGGUGGUGGUGGAACUGGCACUCAGGGAUUCGGUGAAUAUCUCAAGUACAGUUUCAAGGGUAUCAAUGUCGUGAAUGAUGCUGUGGCCGGACGCUCCGCUCGCUCGUAUUAUAACGAGGGGAGAUUUACUACAUUGGCUAACUCUGUUGUUGCCGGCGAUUAUGUUCUUUUUGAAUUCGGUCACAACGAUGGAGGAUCACUAAGCACUACCGAUAAUCUCCGUACCGAUUGUUUCGGAGGCGGUACCGAAACAUGUAUUUCUCCUGUCACAGGGGAAACCGUGUAUACAUAUGUUUUCUACCUCUUACAAGCAGGAAAACUCAUCACAGCAAAGGGUGCACACCUAAUCAUUGCUUCCCCCACCCCCGACAACCCUUGGGAAACCGGCACCUUUGUGUACUCCUCGCCCCGUUUCACCGGCUACGGAAGAUCGGUCGCCACCGCGCUCGGCUCCCUUGCUUCGUUCGUAGAUCAUGGUCUAUAUACUGCCAAUAUUUUCCAAUCCCUUGGAGCUAGUACUAUUGAUUCAUUCUAUCCAAAUGAUCACACCCACACUAGUCCCGCUGGUGCAAAUGUGGUUGCUGCUGCGUUUAUGAAGGGCUUGAUGUGUGGAGGUAGUGCAUUGAGUGCUUACUCGAAGAACGCCACGAGUAGCAUUGCGGGAAGUUGUGCUUAG